GACUUCUUCAUGGUGGUACCCGGCUCAGUUAGGAAUCUGCAGCGGGAAAAACCGCGCGAAUUAUUUUUUUAAAUGUUACAAGAAAUUUCCGAUUUCUUCUAAAACACAAUGGGAAGUUUUCACCUUUAGAAAAGAUUCUUCGUCCAUUCAAGCAGUGAAACUUGGAAGAAUUGGUGAUAAUGGAAAAAAUGCUUGCAUCCCAGUGAUAACAGUGCGUUUUAGUGAAGCUGACUGGUAAAGCCAGUGGGUUACUUUCCACUUUGGAUUUCGUAGAUGCAACAUUAAAGAUGCCACAUAGGCAUCGAUGGCCUUACGUUGUCCUGCUGCCAUUAUGGCUGUUUUUGCCAUUUCUUUUGGCCUUACCAUCGCCUACGCCACUGGCUCGCACAAGACACCACGAACAGCGACAAUUGCACCGACUAGCUGGCGGUCAUCUUCGAAUUCUGGACUCGGAUCCAGAUGAUUCUGAACUUAUCACUGCCAGUGCUGGCGAAAAUGUAAAAGGCAAAAAAGGAGGUAACGCAGACGAGCGAAAAACCCUAUCGCAACAAGUGGCCGAUGGAAAGUAUGGACUGAUCCAGAAGGAACUGUUCAAAAAGCAACCGAAGCGACCAGGAAUCAUUAGCUACGCCCCAAACUCUGAAGUACCAAAAGACAACAUUGCAACAUUGGGGGGCCUGACGAAAAACGACAUUUGGUUGGCGGAAAACCAUCUCCUAGUUAUAAAAGGGGGCGCAUAUCCGCCUCAUGACGAUAGCAAACAGGACUAUAUUAGUCAGAUUUGGCAGCCUAUUGACGACUACAGUGCCCCAUUGCAUCAGGUAAAAAUCCCCAAAAAUCCGGCGGUUCCGCCGCCCUUUCCUGUCCAGCUCAGCGACGACGGCCCCCUUCAAAUCCUGGGCACAAACUCUUCGCGAACGCUUAAUGCUUCAGCAGAAACGCCGGCCUACGCCCUACCGCCCCCGCCCGGUUGGGACGGCGAAAUCCCUCCACAGGGCGAAUAUUUCCCGGAAACAGGUCCUGCCAAUUCCGAUCAGACCGACCCUGCUUCCGGGCAAGUUACGUUGCGAGUUCCUGCCUCGGGGGAACCCGCAGGGGGGAUGCCGUUCCCCCCCACCCUUUUGAACGGCAGCUUUCCGCCUUCUUUCGCGCAUUUACCUCCUGGGGCAGCCAUACUCCCAGCCCCCCUAGGGAACGACACAAUCCUGGACGAGGACGACCCAUCGAUAUACUAUCCACCGCCCUACAGUUUCUACUACCCCAAGGAUAACACCAGCUUGGUACCACCCGGUCCACUGGUACCAGGCAUAAUUUUGCCACCGCCCCCCAAGUUUUUCGCCCCACUCGAAGAACCACCAAAACCAAGCACAAGAAGACCUCCACAAACACGCCCCACUUUCACCACCACCACCACCAAUGAGCCGCCACUGAAUAACGAAAUCAGCACCAGCCGACCAAUCACCACUGUGCCCACCAGAGUCUCCGUGAUUAAAAACUACAGCAAAGUCACUGUUCGCGUUUCCAUGCCGAGGAAGCCUCAUUCCCGACACCCCACAAAACCAUCCCAGACCACUUCAACCACUGGAAAGCCCAAAGUUAUCAGCAUUCUACCGGUGCAUGUUGAUAGGUUGAAUAGAACGUAUCUGCCGGCUAGGAAACCUUCAGUGACCAUCCUCAAGCCGAUUAAACCGGAAACAGUCACGUCCAAAGCGUACGCUGAGCCAAACGAAGUGGCGCCGCCCCACCAGUUGGAACCCAGUAGGAACCCUAACAAGCAUUUCAACAGGAACCCGUACAACUACAAGAAUAUCGCCAAUCAAAGACCGACGUUCGACAGGCAGCGGGAGUGGGAACAGACCAAAUUCACCGAUGAAGUCAUCAGCACCACCCAAGUGCCCUUGCGGUACCAGGCGACAGCAAACGACCUCGAGCUAAACGCAGUAACUCCCGGAGCAGAGCAGUUCUCUAUAGGCAAAAACCCCCAAUUCUCCAAAACCACCAGAAAACCCCAAUCGAACUUCUACUACUACGAGGAAACUGAUCCAGCCUUGAAUGCCAUUACCACUGAAGCGCCGCAAGCGAAACCAAAUCCCGCCUACGACAGCUGGAAUCAGUUUUACUCAACGCCGAGAAGACCCAGCAAAGCUCCCUCCGUUAAACCUCAAUACAUCUACCUAACUGGCAGGCCUUAUGAGAGGGAGAAACCUAAAUUCCGCUAUAUCCCCCAAAGCCAGCCCAGGCCCAAACCUCAGACCACGUUUAGCAUUCACAUUGCCAACCUACAGAACCAACUGAGUCAGCAAUAUUUUACAACUCCUGACAGCCUUUACCGGCCAACCUCCAAGCCAGUGUACCAAUACAGCUUUGAGGCGCAGAACUACAACCGACCGGGAGGCAAAGCCUUCAAGCCCUCGCAGUUAAUGGAUAGUAACGAGGAUGGUUUUAAGCCAAUCCCCAAGUAUAGCGUGCAAAUCCAACCGGCCAUCGAGAUUGUCCAAACUCAACGUCCAAACUACCAGCAAAUCCAGCCGUUGAAUGUGGAGGAGCCUGGUUAUUACAGCAAUGAGCCUCAAGCCUCGAAGCCUCAAAGCCAGUAUCUGCAGGAAGUUCAGCGGCCUUCCGGCUAUGGGCAAAGCGGCUUGAGGUACCUGCCUCCACAGCAACGGCCUACUGUAGCUCCUGACGCGGUCCAGGUGACCCCCUCCCGGCCCAUUGCUGAAUACUCCUACGAAAGCACCCCCAAUCCAGUCUAUCAAGGCUUCUAUACGAAGCCGGAUGAAGGCUAUUUCGACGAGAAUACCAAGCAAUAUUUCACGAUAUUUGGUAGGAAGUUGGCCAGCACUACCACGCCCCUACCUCUAGUCACUAGGCCUACCUCCCCUAGACCGGCCAGGUAUAGGCAGGGCAACUACAACCCCCCCAUUUCACUGCAUAGUGACUUAAAUGUAAACUACGCCCAACCGCGUCCUCCGAUUAAUCCUCUAAGUGAACCAAUCGACAAUCGGCCGCAAGUUGACUCGGGCUCAAAUCCGGAAAUUAUUAAAGCGAUUGAAAUCACUCCUCCGCCCAUUGCAAGCAGGGGAAAGAAAGAACAGUACAUUCACUAUCAACUGCCUGGGGAUGAGGGCGCGCAUUUCUACUUCCUCACUCCGCAGGCGGCUGAAAGGAGGAGGCAAGCAGGGCAAUAUUUUUACGAACGGGACGCGCGCGUGAGGCGGGACAAACCGCAACAAGAGGAAAAAUCGAAGAAUUAAAGUGAAAGUGAAAGUGAAACACGGACACAAAGUGGAACGGGUUUCAUGUGUGCCGAACUAAAAUUGAUCUGUGAUCAACUGAAUUGUAGAGUAAUUAAUAACUGAUUCUAGAAGUGCAGCUAAGCAUCUGUUAUUUAUUUGAAUUUCAUUUUUUUUGCAAGCUUGCAAAUAUUUUUGCUCAUGAAGAAGCACGUUACGUUGUACAUAGAUAGUAUAUAAAAUGACAUAUCGACGAUUAAUAUAUACUUCUAUAAACA